CAUAUGGAAGCCAUUUUGUCAAAUGAAUUUGAACAUUGUGGUUGUUAAUUAAUUCUAAUAAGAUUGUUUAUAAAUUGAGUUUAAUUAAUUAAAAGAAAAGUUUGGUUAUUUUCGUCAGUUUGUCAAUCAUGUCAACUCAAAAGCCUAAAAGUGAAAUGACACCAGUCGAAUUGGCCAAAAAGGAGGAAGAAGAGUUUCAAACUGGACCUUUGUCAAUCUUAACUCAAGCCGUUCGCAAUAACCAUCAAGUUUUGAUCAAUUGUCGGAAUAAUAAGAAACUUUUGGGACGAGUAAAAGCGUUCGAUCGUCAUCUAAAUAUGGUCAUGGAAGAGGUUAAAGAAAUUUGGACGGAAUAUCCUAAAUCUGGAAAGAAAAGUAAACCAGUCAACAAGGAUCGAUUUAUCAACAAAAUGUUUCUCCGAGGUGAUUCUGUUAUUCUCGUUUUGAAAAAUCCUCUCGCUUGAGAGAAACAAAACAAAAGCAAAUAAUUAAUUUACAUACAUUUUUCACUCGCUGAUCAAACAUUCGGGAUGAUUAAUAAAGAUCAUCUUAAAUAUAUAAACAUUCAUUUCACUUGAGAGAGAAAAAUAUAAUAAAUAAUCGAUAUAAAUAAAUAAUAAUAAUAUAUA